AUGGACCCUGAUUUCCACUUUUCUGAUUGCUUGCUCUCUGCUGUCACAGUAAUGAAAGGCAGCAGUAGAAAUAAAGAUCGCCCAGCAGAAGGAGAAGGGACCGGAAAACGACCAAAGCGCAAGUGUCUCCAGUGGCAUCCGUUGCUGGCAAAGAAGCUCCUUGACUUUUCAGAAGAGGAAGAAGAGGAAGACGAAGAGGAGGAUAUUGACAAGGUUCAACUUCUUGGGGCCGAUGGCCUAGAGCAAGAUGUUGGUGAAACUGAAGAUGAUGAAUCACCAGAACAGCGAGCCCGGAGACCAAUGAAUGCAUUUCUCUUAUUUUGCAAACGUCAUCGCUCUCUUGUACGUCAGGAACACCCCAGGCUUGAUAACCGAGGUGCUACCAAGAUACUAGCUGAUUGGUGGGCUGUUCUCGAUCCAAAGGAAAAGCAGAAAUACACAGACAUGGCCAAGGAGUAUAAAGAUGCGUUUAUGAAAGCAAAUCCCGGCUACAAAUGGUGUCCUACCACAAACAAGCCUGUGAAAUCCCCAGCACCUACCACUGUCAAUCCACGAAAGAAACUAUGGGCCUUCCCAUCUGACUCUUCAAGAGACUUGCCAAGCCCCAAGAAAACAAAGGCUGAAGAAAUGCCUCAGCUUAACUUUGGAAUGGCCGAUCCUACUCAAAUGGGAGGCCUGAGCAUGCUGCUUUUAGCUGGAGAACAUGCUCUUGGGACACCAGAGAUCUCCUCUGGCACUUGCAGGCCUGAUGUUUCAGAAUCCUCUGAAUUGCGUCAGAAGUCACCAUUAUUUCAGUUUGCCGAGAUAUCUUCAAGUACAUCCCACCCUGAUGCGCCUUCCAAACAGUGUCAAGCAUCAGCCUUGUUUCAGUUUGCAGAGAUUUCUUCAAACACUUCGCACUUGGGUGGUGCUGAACCUGUAAAACGCUGUGGAAAGUCUGCACUCUUUCAACUGGCCGAGAUGUGCCUGGCAUCAGAGGGGAUGAAAAUGGAAGAAUCAAAGCUAAUAAGAGCGGAAGAAUUAGAUGGUGGAAGAAUUAAAGAAUUGGAGAAGGGAAAGGAAGAAAGAGACACAAAAGUGGAGAAAAUGGAUGAAGCCAGGUCACAGAAAGAAGCAGAGUUUGAAAAAUCAGUUAAGGAAAGUGUAAGAGAUUCUAAGGAAAUAAGAAAUUUUGAGGAGCUGCGAAUGGAUGACAUAAUAGGUAUAAAAAUGGAAGCUCCCAAAGAAAUUAAAAAGGAAGAAUUAGAGGAAGAUCAAAAAUGUGGUCACUUCGCUGAUUUUUCCUACUCUGCCAGUAGCAAGAUAAUAAUAAGCGAUGUUCCCGGUAGAAAGGACCACAUAUGCCAUCCUCAUGGGAUCCUGAUCAUCGAGGAUCCCACAGCCCUAAGCAAACCAGAGAAGCUAAAAAAGAAAAAGAAGAAAAACAAAAUGGAUCGACAUGGAAAUGAUAAAUCCACACCCAAGAAGGCCUGCAAGAAGAGGCAGUCCUCGGAGUCAGAUAUCGAGAGUGUCAUGUACACCAUUGAGGCUGUGGCCAAGGGGGACUGGGGCAUCGAGAAGCUUGGAGAUGCCCCUCGCAAGAAGGUCCGCCCAUCCUCCAGCGGAAAGGGGAGCAUUCUGGAUGUCAAGCCACCAAAGAAAAAAGUGAAAUCUCGAGAGAAGAAAAUGUCGAAGGAGAAAUCCUCAGACCCCACCAAAGAGUCAAGACCCCCAGAUUUUAUCAGUAUUUCUGCCAGCAAGAACAUUUCUGGUGAGGUGCCAGAGGGUGUAAAAGCAGAACCGUUGACCCCCACGGAGGAUGCGCUGCCAGCCACCCUGUCGGGACAGGCCAAGCCUGAGGACAGUGACUGCCACAGAAAGAUAGAGACUUGUGGCUCCCGGAAAUCAGAGAGGUCUUGCAAAGGUGCUCUUUAUAAAACCCUGGUGUCUGAGGGCAUGCUCACCUCUCUGCGAGCUAAUGUUGACAGAGGGAAGCGAAGCUCAGGAAAAGGAAACUCGUCUGAUCAUGAAGGGUGUUGGAAUGAAGAAAGCUGGACGUUUAGCCAGAGUGGGACCAGUGGAAGCAAGAAGUUGAAGAAGACAAAGGGAAAGGAAGACUCUGUCCUCGGCUCAACAAAGCUGGAUGAAGAAUUUGAAAAGAAAUUCAACAGCCUCCCUCAGUAUAGUCCUGUUACAUUUGACCGGAAAUGUGUACCUGUCCCAAGGAAAAAGAAGAAGACUGGAAAUAUGUCCGCAGAACCGACUAAAACCAGCAAAGGUCCUUUCCAGUCUCAGAAAAAGAACUUAUUCCACAAAAUUGUCAGCAAAUAUAAGCACAAAAAGGAGAAGCCUAAUGUUCCGGAAAAAGGAAGUGGGGAUAAAUGGUCAAGCAAGCAGCUCUUCUUGGAUGCCAUUCACCCUACAGAAGCCAUAUUUUCAGAAGACAAAACCACCACAGAGCCUGCUUAUAAGGUUAAAAAUGCCCUAUCCAUUCCCAACACUCCAGAGCCAACAACAACUCAAGAACCCUUGGUGGGGAGCCAGAAGAGAAAAGCAAGGAAAACCAAGAUCACACACCUUGUCCGGACAGCAGACGGCCGGGUGUCACCAGCAGGAGGCACUUUGGAUGACAAGCCCCGGGAGCAGCUGCAGAGGGGCCUCGCUAAGGUGACUGAGACAGGCUGCAGCGACGCGUGCCCGCACGCCGGGGAGGCCGCGGAGACGCGGAGCAGCACCCCAGAGAUGCCGGCCGUGUCCGCCUUCUUCAGCCUCGCCGCGCUGGCCGAAGUGGCCGCCAUGGAAAACGUGCACAGAGGUCAGAGGUCAGCUCCACUCACCCAUGAUGGACAGCCGAAGGAAAUGGCCCAGGCUCCUGUACUUAUUUCCUGCGCUGACCAGUGA